UCAGCCAAGUGCAGCCUGAAUCGUGAGGAGCGGACGAUGGGGGCAAAAAUCCCACUCUUGUUUCUUUUUCUCCAACAUUACCGUCAUUAACAUGUAGACCGGUGCGUGUCAGAAUACCUGGAGGUGCUGGCUCUCUUCUGUCUACGAGAAUAUAAUUCUUAUUAUAGUUGUGAAUAAAAAGAUUUUGGAUUAAUAGCGGACUUGUUUUGGACUAAAAGGGUUUCCUUAAUUUGUUUCCGCGCGUGUGUAAGUGUUGGACCGCAUUUAACCAGAGUUUUCUACCCUUUGGAGUGAAAAGUGCGCCAGUCUUAUUUCCCAGGUUUAUUUCCAGCGCUUGAGCGUCGAGAUUUUUUGGGGGCUAUGUGGCUUUUGGAAGGAAUGCACCUUAUCCUAACGGGACGUAACGCACAGAGGAAUAUUUUCUGAGGUGGCACACAAAAAAAAAAACAUCGGACGGGAUCCUUCCUUCACGGGGACAGGACUUUGAACUGGACAGAACGGCUCCAAGUACAUUAAAGGCUACAACCGACCACUGCGCCGCUGCUCCUGCUCCUGCUGCUUCACAUGGCAGUCUGCUCACCUCGAAAUGAUGGAAACCCUCAUCACUGACAGGCGCGUGUACUUGCCGCGAAGUGGUACUUAAAGAUGAUAUCUUUCAUGUUUUCUUCUCCGUCUCAGAGGUUGUCGACCGGACCUUUUUGAGGAAUAUUUUCCUUAAUGUGGGGAAUAUUUCUGAGAUUUCCCUUCGCCGAGCUGCAGGAAACCCAUGGCUACUACAUUUCCACCGGAUGGUUUUCACUUUCACCUGGAUUUUAAAAAGGAUCAUUAGUGACCACGACCCUCAUCAACGCCGGAGUUACUCACUUGCUUAUGCCUGUGUGUGAAUGUGACUUUAGUAUAACUGUGUGUUUGUGUUUGUAUAAAUGGCGUAAGUGAGAGUUGGAAAACAAGGAAUUCUUACUUGGAAAGGACAAAAGAGGACACAGCAAACAAGUUGAAAACAAGGAGUAGCAGCAAUGUCCCGGUGGAGGCACUAUUCGAGGACUGGGUGUCGGCUGUUUCAGACUGUGAAGGGCGGGAGCAGGAUGAUGGGAUAUGUAGGGCUUGAAGGUUCCCUUAGUGCCGGUCGAUGGGUGUCCUCUCUAAUAUGGCUGGGACUGCUGCUGCUGCUGCAGGCGUCUCCAGCUGCCGUGUCGGCUCAGAAACUUGAUGAGAACGACCCCGUGGUCACCACCGCCAAUGGCAAGCUGCGCGGCAUUAAGAAAGAGCUCAACAAUGAGAUCCUGGGUCCCGUCGUGCAGUUUCUUGGAGUCCCGUACGCCGCUCCUCCCACCGGCGAGCGCCGCUUUCAGCCCCCCGAGCCGCCGGCGUCGUGGCCCGAGAUCCGCAACGCCACGCACUUUGCCCCGGUGUGCCCUCAGAGCAUCGUGGAGGGCCGUCUGCCGGACGUGAUGCUGCCCGUGUGGUUCACCAACAGCAUCGACAUAGUGUCCACAUACGUCCAGGACCAGAGCGAAGACUGCCUCUAUCUUAACAUCUAUGUACCCACUGAGGAUGGUCCCCUUACAAAGAAACACACUGAUGAUUUAGGUGAUAGUGACCGCACGGACGACGAAGACAUUAGGGAGAGUGGAAGCCCUAAGCCGGUGAUGGUUUUCAUCCACGGGGGCUCCUACAUGGAAGGAACUGGAAAUAUGUUUGAUGGCAGCAUCCUGGCCAGCUAUGGGAAUGUGAUUGUCAUAACUGUAAACUACCGGCUGGGCGUCCUAGGGUUCCUGAGUACAGGUGACCAGGCAGCCAAAGGGAAUUAUGGUUUGUUGGACCAGAUCCAGGCUCUGCGUUGGACGAGUGAGAACAUUGCAGCCUUCGGCGGCGACCCGUUACGUAUUACUGUCUUUGGCUCAGGCGCUGGAGCUUCCUGUGUCAACCUGCUCACGCUGUCUCACUACUCUGAGGGCAACCGGUGGAGCAACUCCACCAAAGGCCUGUUCCAGAGGGCCAUCGCCCAAAGUGGCACGGCUCUGUCCAGCUGGGCCGUCAGUUUUCAGCCAGCAAAGUAUGCCCGGAUGCUGGCCCGUAAGGUGGGCUGUAACCUGGAGGACACUGUAGAACUCGUUGUGUGCCUGCAGAGAAAACAUUACAAGGAGCUGGUCGAUCAAGACAUUCAGCCUGCCCGUUACCACAUUGCCUUUGGACCUGUUAUUGAUGGAGAUGUUAUACCUGAUGACCCUCAAAUACUCAUGGAGCAAGGUGAGUUCCUCAACUAUGAUAUUAUGUUGGGAGUGAACCAAGGUGAAGGCCUUAAGUUUGUGGAGCUUAUUGUGGACAACGAAAACGGCGUCCAGGCUAAUGACUUUGACUACGCCGUGUCCAGCUUUGUGGAUGACCUGUAUGGCUACCCAGAGGGUAAAGACAUCCUCCGAGAGACCAUCAAGUUCAUGUACACUGACUGGGCCGAUAGGCACAACCCAGAGACCCGCCGGAAGACACUGCUGGCGCUGUUCACCGAUCACCAGUGGGUGGCACCAGCUGUUGCCACAGCUGACCUGCACUCUAGCUUUGGGUCACCAACAUAUUUCUAUGCCUUCUACCAUCACUGUCAGACAGAACAGGUACCACCGUGGGCAGAUGCAGCACAUGGAGAUGAGAUCCCUUAUGUGUUUGGCUUACCGAUGAUUGGACCAACGGAGCUGUUUCCCUGCAACUUCUCCAAGAACGAUGUGAUGCUCAGUGCAGUCGUCAUGACCUACUGGACAAACUUUGCCAAAACAGGGGACCCAAACCAGCCUGUCCCUCAGGACACCAAGUUCAUUCACACCAAGCCCAAUCGCUUUGAAGAAGUGGCAUGGACUCGCUACAACCAGAAAGACCAGCUUUACCUGCACAUUGGCCUGAAGCCCCGGGUCAAAGAGCACUACCGUGCCAACAAGGUCAACUUGUGGUUGGAGCUGGUUCCUCAUCUGCACAGCCUCAAUGAGGUCACUCAGCUCAUCCCAACCACCACCAAGAUCCCUCCACCAGAAGCUACCAACCGCACCCCAAAACCCAAGGUUCUGGUGACCAAACGGCCCAACCCGACCCCGUUCCCCACCGAGACCCAGGACAGCCACAACCAGCCACACCUGGUGGACCAGCGUGACUACUCCACUGAGCUGUCAGUGACCAUCGCCGUUGGAGCCUCCCUGCUCUUCCUCAACAUUCUGGCCUUUGCUGCGCUUUACUACAAGAAGGACAAGCGUCGGCAUGAUGUCCACAGGCGCUGCAGCCCCCAGCGGAGUGCCGCCAAUGACAUAGCCCACACUCAGGAGGAGGAGAUCAUGUCCCUGCAGAUGAAGCAGCACUCGGACCUGGACCGGGACUGCAGGGGGGUGGGUGACUCCCUGCACCCGCACGAUGUGGUGCUGAGGACUGCCUGCCCACCGGACUACACUCUGGCCAUGAGGCGCUCACCAGACGACAUCCCACUCAUGACGCCUAACACCAUAACCAUGAUCCCCAGCACCAUGGGGGGGCUCACCUCGCUCCACUCUUUCAACACCUUCCCCAGCAGUGGGCAGAAUAACACCCUGCCCCACCCACACUCACACUCCACCACCCGGGUAUAGCCCUGUGGAUGCACCCACACAGGCAGGACUCUGAUGGCUGAAGCAAAAAGCUAAUGCCACUGCUGCAGCAGGGACUUAAGGCUGACAUGCUGACAAACGCAUAUGUCAGGAGCUGAAACGCCAGCCUGGAGUUGCCAGACACCCAUGGAAUUACACUGGGAUUCUACAACACCCUGUUAAUACCUGAGGGAAUAUAGUCAAGGGAUUUCUGGAAAAAAAAAAAAAAAAAAAAAAAAAAAAAGAAUAAUUAUGUUUUUGUAGAAAAAUAAAAGACAAGAAGAAAAAAGUACAAAUAAGGGUUGAAGAAAAACAACCUCACAAGCUAAAACAAAGAGGAGGAUGUUUUUUAUCGUUAUUUUUGUUCUGAUAUUGCAGCAAAACAAGGUACAGUAAACUACUUUUUCUUUCUAGCGACAGAUAUGGCCUUCGGGAUCUUUUGACAAAUGACUGCUUGACGGUAUUAUCUGGAAGCAGAACAGAGCAUCAGACACGCCUCGGAGGUGAGAAGAGGGAAGCACUUUGUAAAAGAAAGAAAACAUAUUGUUUUCCUUUGGCAUCACACUGCAGAUUACUCUGUGGGGCACAGAGUAGAUGUAGGCAUGUGUUAACUUUCAUAAAUGGAGGCUAUGUAAGAUAAGGCAAAAAACAAUUGUUGAAAAGAACAAAGGAAGGACUGAAAAUAUCAAGGAAAAAAGAAACCCUGUAUGCACAAUGGAAUCAAUUUGAGGAAAAAAAAAAUGUCAUAGAUACUUUUCAUCCAUUUAUUUUUGAGGAUUGGGAACAACUUUAUUGUAUAGAACCUAUUUACAUAUCUAGAUCUGUACACUAAGCACCAAGGCUGUUUAAGCCCUCUUCUCUUGGGGGGCCCCUAUACUGCAAACCUGCCAGCAGGACUGAACCAAUGGGAAGUGGGGAUCCACCUACUGGCUUUCUGGCAGUUCCAACUUCAACACCGAGAGCUGGGGGACAAAGGAUAAUUGGAUAUUUUAGCACGAUGCGCAUGACAAUUUAUCUGCUUAAUGGCUGCUCUGCUGAUUAUGUCAUUAUUAAGAAUAAUUUUCACCCUCUCCCUUGCAUUGGAGUAAUUUCAGACGGAUUUCCUGAUUGGAUUACAGGAAAACACACACCCUCACAGGACCAUGAGAAAUGCAGCUCCAGGUUGUGGAUGUUGUGGGCUCGAUUUGGGGACAGGAAGGGGAAGGGCCGGGGAUAUGGUAAAACUUUCUUGCAUAACAUAAUAUAGCUUGAGUGGAGCUGGGCAUAUAAGGACUAGUUUUGUACUCUGUGUGUUGGUACUACUUUUUGAUAGUGUUCAAAUCACAUUACACUGUAUCAAUCAAACUCAUUGUACCUUCAGUUGAAAUCAGUGUUAUUUGCUAUUGUACCUAUUGGACCACUUUACUGUAUAGAAGUAAUUACCUACACUGCUUAUUCCAUUACCCAUUUUUCUUUUCUUUAAUUGGGAGGUGUGCCGAUGGAGUGAUGCAGUGGAUUCCCAUUGGUAUGAAAGAAAUGGAGGGUGUUUGUAGUGGAAAACAUGGUGGAAGAGUGAAUUUCUGGGCUAUGUAGCUUUUCUUUUUCUUUAUCCGGCCAGGUUCUCUAGAGCUGUUUAAACAUGAAUUACUUAUACAUGACUAAUAUAAGUCAGAGGCCAAGCACAGACAGAUCUCACUGGGUGGAUCUCUCUGGAAAUGCACAGCAGACGGAUGGGACAAAAAGCUGAGGUCAGGAUAGGUAAAUUCCCAUGAUGCGCUUUUCAUGUAGUUUUCAUUCUUACCCCAGGUUGAUCAUUUUUGGAGGCACAUUGUGUUGUAAGAAGGAAGCAAAUAUACCUCCUGAUAGCAGCUGAGACCCACAGUCACCCUUCUUUACCUUACUUUAAAGAGAUACUACUUUUCUUCGCUCGGCUCCACUCUUUUUCUACUAGAGAUUCUCUACUGUCUCAUUCUUUUACACUGAGCUGACAGGUUGGGCUGUUGAGCAAAACGAUUUCCCCUCCCAUCCACACCACCUUCCGUUUACCAUCUCCUGCAAGGCUGUCUGCUGUUGCUAACAUCUUUAGGUCAGUGGCGCCUCGGCAGCUAACGAUAGAAGCCACCGAAGUAGGAACGUGUCAUACAGCUAAGCAGACUGCAGUCGGAUCCAGUCGCUUAAGAGCUUGGAGUCAUUGUGGGGAUAAAGUGAUGAUUUUUAGAACAGACAGAGAGAAGAAUACCCUGGAUGGCAAGCCUGUUGUCUGUGUGCUGGCGCAGAGAUGCCACUUGGUAAGCUGAAACGUUUGACUCCCUGUUUUCCCUUCACUAAAGUGUAGAUGUGUGGAGGCCUCAGUUGUGAGAAUACAUCCUGCCCCUUUUGGCUCACUCACAAACACUGUGCAGUCAUUCAAAAUAAUGAGUGCAGACUACUGUGACCCCAUAUAACAUUGCAGGAGACUAGCUGGAUGGGGAGGAAAAAAAAUCUAGCCUGUUAUAGCCAAAGUUGCUUUUUGGGAUAAGAUUUAAAUUGAAUAAACUAAUUACAACUGUUUGCUCCAGAUUGUUUCUCUGGAUGAACUUAGCUGCCAGGGCUUGAUCUUUGAUUUAAACAAGAGACAGACUCCAAGGCUAUUAUCACACAUCAUCCUCAUGGGCCAGGGACUUUGUCAUACCCUUAUCUGUACAAACAAGCCAACAACAUAAAAAAAAAAAAAAUUCAGAAUGUGGGGACAAUCCGUCCUGUAGGUCUGUUGACACUUUAUGGACGGGCCACUGGCUUUCUAGAUCUAGCACUCAGCUUGCCAGUGUCUGAUUGGCAACACCCACAACACGCAUGCAAACAUGCAAAUUGAACAUGUGUGCAAGCAUCCUCACACUCAGCCAUCUGCUAAAUAAUAAGGCCUGGGCUUUCCAAGUGUUUUGGUGUCUAUUCAAGUUAUUGUAUAUAGGCUAACAUGCUCAAGAUUUAUUUGACCCAUAUAAAAAGCAACAUGGCUUUUUUUUUGUAACCUAUGCCAAUGGCUGAAAUACAAGAUAUGGAGGGGAACCUUGGUUGAAAAUGAAACACUAUUGUUGGCUGUGGAAGCUACUGUUUACUGAGAACAUUUUAAUGUAAGCUAAAACCCCUUCCAUUCAAGACAAUAUAAUGACCAAUAUGUUCUUAAUACAUAUAUUCUAAUUUUAAAAUAUACUAUGUUCCAACUCUCAACCAUGCUGGGAUCAGACUGCACAGUAUCAGCCCAAUAAUGGCCCAACUCGGACUCAGAUUUGAGGAAUAAUGCAGCAUCAUGUGACAACUGAAGGACCAGCACACCAUUUCUCGCAGUCGUAUACACAGCUAAGUAAAAGUUUACAUGAACGUUUGUUGUUGGUUUCAGUAAGUUGUGGAAAAUAACAAGUUAUGAUUGGUCGCGGUCCAACGUGUAGCCUACCAUAUCUCUCUGCCAAGUCACAACAAGAACAUUAUGAUCAAUAAAUCUGACAGAGUGGCCAUCUGAAAAGACAAACCCUUUAUGUUGUCUGAUUGCAGCAUUUGACUGUUUUAUUGCAGAGCCCCAACCUACCCGCUUUCCAUCACAUUUGGAUCCAUGUUCCAUUUGACUAAGAAACAUUCUGGGUCACAACAUACCUGUACUUUUGUUACAUUGCACUUCAAGGCACCCCUGAUCCUCUUCACUUUUGAUUUUGAUUGACAAAUUACAGUAACUUUUGAAAGAGAAAUUAAAUAUAACUUAUUUUAGUUUAUACAAUGCAAUGGAAUGCACAGACUGAUAUUUUCAUUAUUUCUGAAAAAUUGACAGUUGGCUCUACAUUUCUAAAUCAGUAACAUGUUGCUAAUAAAAAUACAUCUAUCCAUGAAAAUAUAACAGGGAUAGGGAUAGUACAUUAGUGAGCAUCCACCCAAUUCAAUCACUGCUCUCCAGUGAAAUGACAUGGGGCAAAGCAAGGGCCACCCAUUGAAUUAAACAUGUAAUUGCAGUGAUGGGUAAAUAGUCAAGCAGUUGCAGAGCCAUGCUAAGUAGCUGACAGCUGAGGAUGAAUGCUAAUUAAUAACUUGCCAUGUGUUCAAUUGUCUGAUUGAUGAUGAUAAAUGCAAGCCAAGUGUAGCGUGAGGAAAGUGAGAGAAGUGCUGGACAGCACCUGACACAUUUGAAAUUAAAAAUGGGACUUGCUAGAGGCUAUAAUGAUUUUAAUGUAUGGUGGAAAAUGCUAACAAGAUUUAGCAAGUGUGGUGACUAAACACAAAUAAGGCAGUCCCAGUUACAGAACAAGCAGUACUGCUAGAUUGCUUGAGGAUGUAAAAUUUCACCGACAGACUAAAAAGCUGUUAGACAGGAGGUGCUGAAAUGACUCAUGAAUCAAGUGUUAUAUAAGUGAGGAAAUGCAUUAAAUAGCUUUAACAUGCCUAACAACCGGCAGAGGAGAAGCAUGGUAACAGACACAAAUUGAAACAGUGUCGUUAGUGAGAAAGUGCAACUUUAAAAGCACAGGAUGACCCUGACCAUGGCUGUACAUAUUGAGAAAGCCAAUGACAGCAUAACAUAGGUCACUGAAAACUUACAUAAGCAGACCAAGAAAAAAAAGUAAGAAUGUUGGGAGAUUGAUUAAAUCUUGAGCUAGCUGCACAAAUUGAGAGUGGGCUACAGUAGACCAUAGCGUGACAGAUUGGAGCACCAGCAAGCCACGGCAUCUCUGUGAUUGAGAAGAUGUGAAAUUUAAAAUACACAGCAUGGGAAAAGACUAUAAGGAACCACUCACUGACCACAGAGACUGGAUCCAACUUCUUUUAAUAAGACUGAAACACUUGCUAGCUUUAAAGUUGUAUAAUAAGCUCUCUUGCAGCCACGUUGGGGGACAUCUGCAUUUCGUAAUAAACUUAUAUAAUUGAUCUACAAAUGACUCAACCUGGAUAACAUAAGUGAAAAGAAAGGUUAAUUACCUGUUUUUUUACCUGGAGAUUACCUUUUUCAUCAUUAAUACUCACUAGUUUUGUGUUAAAAUGUUUAUUGCCUGUCAGCAAGCUUAGUGUCCACUCAGCUGGCACUGUCUGUUGUUGACACAUCCUUAUUAAGCUGCAACCUCCAGGGCUGAAAAAUUAAACUUACACUGAAGUGCCAAAAACUGCAGUUCCUCGAAUGGCCACUUGAGGCUGCCUCCAAAAGCCCGUCAAUCCCUAUAGAGUCCCAUGUUUAAAUGCCCAACUUUACAGCAGAAAUAAACAUGUUUACAGCCUGGUACAAAGAACAGUUUUGGUCUCUACAGCUAAUUUCCACCCUCACGACAACCGUAUGCUAGGUGAAUUUUUAUAUAACUCACCCAUUUAAAUGUUGUUAGGGCUUAAAGUUAUGCAUAAUUGAGGGUAUGGUUGCUUUGAGUAGAAGGGGGUGCUGUCACAGUUGUCUAGCCACUAGCUGUCUGCUAGGCAUCACCUCAGCUAAUUCGAGUCACUGAAUGUGACCUCUCGGCUGCAUUUGUAGUGUUGGUGCCUUUUGGAGGAUUUUGGAUGCAAAUAUUGGACAAACAAUUUGGCUUGUUGUGCAGUUAAUUGACUAAAAUAACAUAUACCUGUUUUGUUUUUUUUUAGGUGAGUGAAAUUCUAUUAUUUUAUUUACAUGUUAGCACUAAUUACGUAUCAUUCACCAAACCUGGCUUGCUAGUUUCGCUUGUUAACUACCUAAUUAGCCAGCAAAUUAAUUAGCCUUGGGUUAGCCUUUGCGUAUGACGACCAGCUGUGCUAACUAUGCUAACAGAAGUGUAUGCUUGCCACAGUUAUUAAACCGAUGCACCGAAGUCUCAGCUCUACACUCGCACCAUCUCUUCUCCCAUUUUUGGAUUACCUGGGAGUUAGGCAGAGUCAGGCACUGCCAAGAUGGCGACAGCGGAACAGCCCACUCUGAGCUUCAAAACCACUCUUCUGAAACCUAUGGGUGAUAUCACAGAGGCUACAUCCAUCAUAUACCGUCUAUGAUACUUACAUGUGUGGCUAUCAGUCGGAUUUUGUGGUUGCCCUUUGAAGUUGUCAUUAUUUGGUUUAUUCAGUAUUUCCUACAAAAUACUUUAUCAUUAUGGCCUAAAAAAACAUGUCAAAUGCAUUUCCUACCUCAUAAACAUUUGCAAAGCUGCUUUUUGUGAAUGUUUGGAAAGUUGCAUUGUUUUCUUUAGUUUUCCAUUUUGUUUCUCUUCUUCUCUAUAAAUGCUGCAUUACUUUUUUUUUAUUGUGCAUUACUAUCACAUAUUGUCAAUAUACAUUGCAGACCCUUGCAAAUCUUAGAAAUGUAGGUCAUUUUACCACCAUGCUCUUGAUGUUUAUGUUUAUUUGUAUGCAUGUGCUGGUAGCACAUAAGAUAUUAACAUUACUGGAACUUUCUCAUCAAAUUUCUGAUCAGCAGCACCAUUAGUUUUCAAAUACUCCACAGGGUACCUUCAAUAUUGAUAUUAAUCGUUUUGGAAAAACCUCAACUCAUUUAAUUUACAACAUAUGCUUUCGAGUAAGGGCUAGGACUCAACACACUAGGGCUAACAGUUUAUCAUGAGUGAAUUAUAACUGAAAGAAAUCUUUAUCAAAUAAUUCAUUUUAACCCAUCUACACAAUAAGUGGCACUGCAGAAAUUCACUUAUCACACUUACUUAUCGAAUUAGCUGUAAAAAAAAGUGUUGAUAUAAUGUAAAAUGAGACAAAAGAAAAGGGAUUAUAUCAUUGUUAUUCCUGGCUCUAGCAAAUGAAAUUUACUAAAUGGAACAAAUAUAUACAUCUCAACUUAUUUGUUGAAAGUCACCAUAAACAGAGGUGUUAAAUGUAUGACAUAAGAGCUGAAGUGUUAUGAUUAAAUUACUUUAGAGUCUGGCCAGAUCAAUCGUUGAUAUGACUAAAUUAAAAUGACAGAGGUUGUACUGCAAUCUCACCCAAAUGUCUGAAUCUUCAACUAAGAAUGAUGCUAUUUAAAAAGGAGUAAUUAUAUAUGUAAUUAUAUAUCUUUGAAAACAAAACAAAAUGAAACAACGGAAAGGGCAAAAACCGGAGCGAGUGAACUGGAAAAUGUGGCGAAUGGUUUCUAUGCCAUGAGGAAGCCUGUUUACCAACUCUUCAGUGUUGCCCAGGAUUUUAUCCUUGACAAAAUGGGACACUUGGAUUUGCACUUGCACCAUCAUGGGACACUAAAACACUCUACUGAAACCCAGCCUGCUGAAAUUCUUUUAACAGCUCUUUUUAAAGGCAGGGCGACUCACCCACCUGCCCUGUGAUAGAGGAAACAUUAGGCCUUUAAACUACGAACUAAUAACAGUAAAACAUGACUGGAUAGUUAAACGAGCAAAUAAAAGAUGAAAAGAAGCUAAAAUUUAAUUGCAGCUUUUAUACUGUUUAUAUGCUGUGGCAAUUUUAACAGGGAACAUUAUGAUUUUUUCCCCUUUUGUUUAAGUUCACUGGACCAUAAACGCAUAAGCAUACACCUCUUUUCUCACCUUUUUCAAAUUUAGUCUCUGGUUCGUAACUGAAUUCAUGUUUGUUGGACUGAAAACUAAUAUUUCUUCAAGGCUCUAUGGUCAUGUUGAGGACAGUGAUUGGGUGCAGCACACAUGGAGAAGGAGUGUGUUUCUUUGUGUGUUUGGUAAAACACACAAAAGACACAGAAUCCAUGGCAUAGUUCAACAUUUUAAAACACAUGCUUGGCAGAAUUCUGUGUCAGCUCUUAUUGAGUGCAUUUACAUUGAAAUUGCUAUGCUGAUCUUGUUAAUACACAAUGGAGAAUAUUUUGAAAUAUUCUCCAUUGUCAAUAACUGAGGCUUGUAAACAUCUUAUCAAUCAGUGUUUAAUUUUGCAAUGUGCCUAAUUUCUCUUUCUGUGUUAAGAUUUUGGAUAUUCUGGUUUUUUUUUGUUUUUUUGUUUUGUUUUGUCAUGUGACAUCUGGCUUGUCCUGAAUACGACUUGAAUUUGGAUUUAUUUAUGUAAGAUAAUAGUCAGAGAAUGCCCCCCAGUUGAGAACGACUCCCAUCCAGUGUCACCCUCCUUUAAAACUGUGUGUCCAUCAUUCAAAGAGGGGAAAUCUGAACCAAUCCAGGUAGCAUUUCUUCAGUCAUUUCUGUUGAAUCCCAACGCCAGUAUGUUUUAAUGAGCCAGUAUAGCUGGGUGAGUAUGAAUCCACACAGUUUGGGACUGAUGAUACUUAAGAAACCCUGUUCUAGGGGGACGCUUCACUUUUGUUCCAGUGUAAAUCUGCCCUGACUGUGGUCGACAGUCAGCCUGUGCUGUAGUGUACAGGACAGACAGGGAGGGGAGGAACGAGCACUGCGAAUGAAUGUAACGCAACAUGCCAUUUUCUAACCUCAAAACGCAGCAGAAACGACAACAACCAAACCUCAGAUUCAUCCUGAGAGGUUUUUGCUAGCAGUCUGGAAACUAAAUGUGGAUUUGUUCUUCGAAUGCCAUUUGAAACAGGGGGGCACUAUGUGAGCUGGUCUGGCAUUUGUAAUGUAGAUUAUUUGUCACUUGUCUUUCUUUCUGGUUAAAUAGUAAUUACUCUUCUGGAGCACAAUAAAUGAUUUUAAUAUGCUGAUA